AUGACGGCCGAGGCCCCAGAUUCUCAGAGGCAGCUCUUGGCACAGGAGCUUACGCGGCUAGUAGACACCUUGCACGAGCACCACGAGCACCUCCUUAAGAGGUUCGACCAUCAGGACGACUUGCUAAAUCAGGUGCUGUACAAGCCAGCAGCAUCUCCCCCCGCGCCGCGUGCCACGCACUUGCUGGCACCACCGACGCCGACCGGGCCGACCAAAGUCCCAGCUCUGCCACAGCCGGACGCGCAAGCGACGGAUGCAGAGACGUCUAGCAAUGGCGGUGGUUCGGUCUCCCUGGCGGUGGCAUCCCGCGACCCCGGCGCGUACAAAGGUUCUGAGCUUUCGAGCUCGGUUCCGCCAGUGCCUUUGCGAUCUUACACGGAAGAGGACUUGGCGCUUCGCCUCGGGGCUGACGACGCAGAGUCGAAGUCACUGCGCAAGCGAUUCUCUGAUCGCGCGGAAGAUCAGCAAGAUGGAAGCAUCUCGAAGAGGCUGGAAGAGCAGACGGCGCCGUGGGCAACAAGAAUCGUACACAACGGACUGUUUGACAUCUUCUUUGCUUUUGUCGUUGUGGCCAACGCCGUUUACAUCGGUUUUGAUGUGCAGAGAGUGUUGGAUGGCGGAGAAGAGGAAGGUGCACGGCCUAUGAGGCCCUUGGGCUUCAGCAUCUUUCACUACAUCUUCUCCGUUCUGUUUCUGGCUGAGCUUCUGCUGCGGCUCAUGGACAGCCGCUGUCGAUACUUCUGCUCCGAAGACUGGGCGUGGGCCCUCCUGGAUACGCUAAUUGUGCUGACAUCUUGGUGGGACAUCUUUGUGGACAUCUUGGAUGCCGUGCUGCAGGAUGAUCGCUUGGAAAGCAUCUCGGGGCUGAGUACCCUGAAGGCUAUGCGCAUUGUUCGGUUGACGCGUGUGUUGAAGACCGCCCACUUUCUGCGAAUCUUUCGGUUCAUUAUGGCCCUUCGGAUGCUGGUGCAGUCGAUCUUACACACCAUGAAGGCUCUGUUUUGGGCACUGCUUCUGUUGGGCCUGAUUGUCUACGUCUUCGGGAUACUUUUUGCUCAAGCAGCUUACGACUAUGUCAGUGACCCGGCAAAUCCAGCUUUGCCUCCGGAAGUACAGGAGAGGUACGAACGCUACUUCGAGAGCCUUUUGAAGAGCAUGCUGGCCAUGUUCAUGAGCAUCACCGGUGGCGUGAGUUGGGAGGAGGUCAUCACCCCCUUGAUGUACGUCUCACCCUUCUGGCCGGCUUGCUUUGUUUUCUUCAUUGCCUUCUCAUAUCUGGCGGUGUUGAACGUGGUUACAGCUGUCUUCUGCCAGUCAGCCAUCGAAUCUGCCCAGAAUGACCACGCGACAGUCAUCCAGAACAUGCUGGACAACAAGGAGCAGCACCUUCAGAAACUCAGGUCGCUCUUCCACAAGAUCGGUGACUCUCAGGGAGCGGGCAUUACGUACCGCAUGUUCGAAGAGAAGCUGAGCUCUGCCACGGUCCGCGAGUACUUCGAGACCUUGGGCUUGGAUGUUUGGGACCCCUGGGCCUUCUUCAAGCUCUUGGAUUCUGAUGGCGGUGGGGUUGUGGAGCUGGAGGAGUUUUUUCUAGGCUGUCUUCGCUUCAGUGGGGAAGCAACAGCCAUGGAGGUAGGCAGGGUUGCAGCAGAUCAGAAAUGGCUGAUCAAAAGCCAGGGCCGAUUCCAGAAGUUCGUUGAAGACGAACUCACCAGAUCCAGGGAGGAGCUGGCAAAUGUAGCUGACGCGCUUUAUGAAGUUUCCUCCGCUCGGCUCUAG